AUGCCCGUCAAUAAAGUGUUCAUAGAUGAAGACGUGAUAGUUAAUUUAAUGCCGCAUUCAUUACUCAAGAAAAUGGGGAAGACCGAUGAAGAUAUUAGGCCCUAUAAUAUGGUGUUGUCUAAUUAUGAAGGAGACUUCUUGGGAUUCGUGGUGCAUAAGAAAGACAUAAAGAUCAAUCAGAAUAAGACAAAAGCCAUUGUCGAUCUCAAGCCUCCUUUGACAAAGAAGCAACUCCAGUAUUUGUUGGGGAAAAUAAAUUUCCUAAGAAGGUUCAUCUCCAACCUAAGUGGAAAAAUUAAAUCAUUCUCUCCAUUGCUUCGACUCAAUAAAGACAACGAUUUCAUUUGGGGGAGCGAGCAACAAGAGGCUUUUGACAACAUAAAGCAAUAUCUGAUGAAGCCUCCAAUAUUGUUACCUCCAAGUAGAAAUAGGAGCAUGAAAUUGUACAUAGUUGCAUCAGAUUCAACAAUAGGCAAUAUGUUAGCUCAAGAGGAUCAUAAUGGUGUUGAAAGUGCAAUAUAUUACCUCAGUCGAAUCUUAAUAAACGCAAAAACUAGGUAUAAGAUCAAGGAGUCAUGUUCCAAUAAUGAGGUUCUAUAUGAAGCCUUGAUAACAGACCUUCAGAUUUUAUUGGACUUGGGGGCAAGAGACGUCGAAAUAAAGGGAAAUUCAAAGUUGGUGGUUCGACAAUUGAAGAAAGAGUAUAAAUGCAUCAAAGAGAACUUGAUGUUAUACUUUGUCAAAGCUAACAAUUUUCUGAAAUGUUUUGAUCACGUUUUGAUUGACCAUAUUCCUCAACUGGAGAAUCAGGAGGCCAAUGACUUGGCUCAGAGAGCCUCGGGAUAUAAAAUCUCUAAAGAGAGGUUGGAAGAUUUAGUCGAGAUAAAGGAAAAAUUAGUCUCGAAAGAGAACCCUCAAGAGACACCUUCAAUGUCAAAACUUGGGGGAGCAGAGGAAUAUGAGGAUCCACCAAACUUAGAAAAUUUUUAG